GCUAUAAUUUAAAUUAGAAUAUCACACACAUACACAUAUUUACAUUUGAUCUUUAUAAUAUAUUUCUAUAUGAUGCACGUGCUUGUACAUAAUAUACGAGGUGAUCCUUACCACUUGCUGUAUGCAAUAGAGUUGAAAUUUAUUUCAUUAAUUUUCAAUUCAUUUCAUUGCCGGAAACAAAUAGAAACACCAUACAUGUAUAAGGACAUAUGAUAAGUUCUUGUCAUGUAUUUUUUUUUUAAUUCGUAUAGUGCAGAUAUUUAUCCAGUAACAUGGCUCGUAAUCAAUUAUGUAGAAGAUGUGAGUACGUUUAUCGCUUAUGUAAGAUACGAUUGACAUAAAUAGCCAAUGUGUAACACAUUAUAUCUUAUAUAUGACGUGCGUAAUACGUAAAUAUUAUAUAUAGCGUAUAUAUUUAGCACAGUUCUGUUAGCCUGACACCUCAAGACAUAAAAAGGCAUUACAUUUAUCAGAAUUACAAAACUUCGUACAUUGACUUCGGGAUUAGCUGAAGAAGCGUGCGACAUUGAAGUUUACGAUCGCAAAUUUAAUCUCAGUAAUAUGAUCGUCUAAGUAUUUCAGUCUUUCAUAUUAAAGUUCUGUAGACGCUGAUCCUCCUUAUUCAAGCGGUGAAUUACAUUGCAUACAUGUUGUCGUUUGCGUAGGUCAAUUUCCUUAUCGUAAAAUAAUGAACCACGUCGGAGAGAUUGUGGCGCUUCUUAUAGAAUAGUGCUCGGCAAGCGGUACAUUUUUUGAUCGAUUUGUCAGAGAUUCUCUCUCGCGUUGUUCUCCUUGCGUAGUUGCUCAAACGAUUCGUAGGCUGUUCGCGGUGUAACAAGACAAUAGGAACAACGCGAGUUGGAGCCUCCCAAAAAUCGGCCGUAAAGUGCAUCGAGCUCUGUUGUAGAACGUCUGUGAAAGGUAUCUUUGAGAUACUUUUCUCGAGCGGCUCUGAACGUUUGGACAACGUCGACCAAUAAAAUCGCAGCCAACAUUGAAAUCACGCGUAUUACUUCACGCAGCAUACCAGAAGGAGCAGACUAUUUCUUAAAACCAAUUAAUCUAAAAUGGUACAUUACGAGAACAACAACAUCAAGAUUCAGGAAACACCAAUACAAAUAUUCUACGCGAACCAGUCGAUCUUCAUUACAGGAGGAACUGGAUUCCUCGGGAAAGUCUUGAUUGAAAAAUUGCUGCGAAGUUGUCCUGACAUCUCUAAGGUAUACAUGAUGAUACGAUCGAAAAAAAACAACAGCGCUAUGAGCAGACUGGACGAAAUCUUCAGGAGUCCCCUGUUCGAUCGAGUAAGGGAGGAGAUGCCCAACUUUCGUGACAAAGUCGUGCCGCUCGUGCAGGUCGGUGAAUUGGACGAAAAGGACCUAGGACUUGAGAAAAAUGACAUAAACCUAUUAAUAAAUGAAGUAUCGAUAAUUUUCCACUUGGCGGCGGCUGUACGCUUCAAUGAAGACAUAAAAAUCGCUACAAAAAUAAACGUGUACGGCACCUGCGCUAUUUUGGAUCUGGCCAAACGUAUGCCGCACUUAAAGUCAUUCAUUCACGUGUCGACUAUAACUGCUAAUUGCUUCACCACAGUAACACACAUAGAAGAAUGUUUCUACAAAUAUCCCAUUGACCCUAAAGAAUUUAUUACACUAAUGCGAACGUCGUCGGAAAAUACGAUCGACCCGAAGAUAUUAAAAGCCGCCGCACAGUGGCCCAACACUUACUCAUUCACAAAAGCAAUCACGGAAGUGCUUAUUAGGGACAGCAGCGAGAGUUUGUCGAUCGGAAUAUUUCGGCCAUCCGCAGUGAUGAAUAUCGCCUGUGAACCGGUAGUGGGAUGGAUAGACAAGUAUCAUGGACCGAUGGGAAUAAUAGUUCCUUUCUCUAAAGGCGUAACAAGAUUUUUGAUGGGCGACACUGAUUGUUUGGCGAAUUUUAUACCUGUCGACAUCACCAUAAAUGCUCUAAUUGCCGCCGCGUGGAAUGUUUUUAAUCAACCGCAAAGGAAAGGCGACAAAAUGUUAAUUUAUAAUAAUGUAUCAACAAACGAUGCACCUUUGUUUUUUGGCGAUUAUGUCGCUCACGCACGACUAAACGCUCGAAAAUAUCCGGUGAAACACUGCUAUUGGCUACCAGUUCUUAUAUUGGUCAAAAAUAAGAUUAUAUAUACAAUAUGCAUUUGGUUCGGACACCUGUUACCCGCUUUAUUCAUCGAAAUCUUUCAAAAAUGGACAGGUGCUCGGCAAAGCAUAUGGAAAUUGUACGGUAUAAUUCACGAGUACAACAACAAGGCCAAUUACUUCUUGAUGAACAAUUGGACCCACGCCGAUGACAACAUUCAGGCGAUGUGGCGAAGCAUGAGCAAAAAUGACCAGUUUUUAUUCAACUUCAACAUGAAAGAUUUCGAUUGGUCGAAAUAUUUGGAAGAUCAUUUCAAAGGUAUGCGCCUUUACCUGCUUAAGGAUAAUUUGAGUACUUUGGAAGCCAGUCGUCUAAAAUGGAAGAGAUUUCAGAAAACCUCCAAUCUUUGAUGAUGCUUUCUUUAUUACCUUCACUCCUUCUGAUAUAACCCUGAAUAUUUAUUACCCUUUAAUGCAUCAAGCUAAGAAAAGUCAGGAAAUGACAGUUUCCGGAUAGUAACGUAAGAAAGUUGGCCGGAACUUAAAUAUGGCUUUGAGUGUCAUUAGACUUCGCUAGUCGUUUUGGAGUUAAUUCGAAUUGAAAUGUAUGGAAGCAUUGGCGAUUGUUAUGAAAUAUGAGUGUGUGAUGUAAGAAAGCGUUCUUAUUAUACAGUUUUACGUUUACGCUUAAAAUAAUAUGAAUUUCAGAUUGUACUGGAUACAUCAAGCGACAAAGACCGUACUUAUGUUCGUCUGCUUUAUGUUGGUCUGGAAGCUAUUUACACAAAUAUUAUUGUAAUUUAUUCUGUUUUUCUCUCUUCACGCGCAAAUAUCAAUUAGGUAUGACAAGCACACGUUAUACAAUUUCUGAGAUAUUUUAUCUAUAAAUUUUAUCAUGUUUAAUACUUUACUUAUAUAGUGUUUAUGAAAUUUACUAUAAAUAUACGGCAUUAAAAAAAAGAAUUAUAUAU